AUGCUGCAUAUGGACAAUUCAAAUAGUACUAUUGGAUCGUGUGAGCAGAACCAUCUUUCACCAAAUUCAUUAGGAAACAAGAAACUGUUCACACCUGGCCCUCUUGGUGUAAGCCUCACUACACGCCAAGCAUUGCUAAAAGAUCUGGGUUCCAGAGAUACAGAAUUUAUAAAUACAGUUAGUUUCAUAAGACAAAAAUUACUUGACAUUGCAGGUGUCUCAUCUCAUAGCUUUACAUGCGUUCCAAUGCAGGGAAGCGGCACAUUUGCAGUUGAAGCAGUGCUUACUACUACUGUACCAAGAACUAAUGGAAAAGUACUUGUAUUAGAGAAUGGUGCCUACGGUAAAAGGAUUGGACAGAUUUUGAAAGUAUUGGGUGUGGAAAACACAGUGUUGAGUUUUGAUGAAGACAAGUCUAUUGAUGUUGGUGUGGUUAAAGACCACCUUCGCAAGGAUUCUCUCUAUACCAAUGUGUCCAUUGUACAUUGCGAAACCAGUGCGGGCGUUUUCAAUCCUGUAUCUAAGAUUGGGGCACUGGUUAAGAAAUAUAUCCCAGAUGCAUAUUAUUUCGUAGAUGCUAUGAGUAGUUUUGGUGCAGUACCAUUGGAUCUUGAAGACAGUAACGUACAUUUUCUUGUCAGUUCUGCUAAUAAAUGUCUUGAAGGUGUCCCUGGUUUUUCUUAUGCCAUUGCACAUAAGGAGAGUUUGCUGCAAUGCAAAGGUAGAGCAAGAAGUAUGAGUCUGGACUUGGUUGGACAGUAUGAGGGUUUGUCAAAGAAUGGACAGUUUCGUUUUACUCCGCCAACUCAUACCAUGCUAGCUUUUAAACAGGCGCUGAUUGAACAUGAAGAAGAGGGUGGAGUAGUAGGAAGAGCCAACAGAUAUAAAAAGAAUAAUGCAAUCUUGAAAGAUGGGAUGAAGAAAUUUGGAUUUAAAGAACUUGUGAAUGAUAAUGAUCAAGGAUACAUCAUCACAUCAUAUCAUUACCCAAAAAAUUCAAAUUUUAACUUUCAAGACUUCUAUGCCAGACUGAAUGAUAAAGAUCAGGUCAUAUAUCCAGGUAAAGUGACGACUGCAGACUGUUUCCGCAUUGGAAAUAUUGGUCAUCUGUACCCGGAAGAUAUGACCAAUCUCAUCAGUUGUAUAGAAGAAGUCUGUCGCGAUAUGAACAUGAGUCUGCCUCUUGUUGAAUAA